AUGUCGAAUCAACAACAUGUGGUGGCUCAAAGAAUUAUGCAAGAACAUCAACAAUUAAUUAAUACAGGACAACCAAAUAUUAAUGAUAUGCGGAAAACCACAACUAGCGUAUCUGUGAAGAUUUGCACCAAAUGUGGUAAACCAAUUUAUUCUGAAAAUAAUAAAAAUAAUGGAGCUUUAAAAGCAUUGGGUAAAUAUUAUCAUGAAAGAUGUUUUAUUUGUUUUGAUUGUCAUAAGCCACUUAAACCUAAAUUCUUUCCAUUUCAAGAAAAACCAAAACAAGAACCUGUUUUGCUUUGUCAGUAUCAUUAUUUUAAAAGACAUAAUCUGCUAUGUAAAGUAUGUGAUAAGCCACUCCGAGGUUUAUAUUACACAGCUUUUGGAGGACGUUAUGAUGAAGAACAUUUCUCGUGUACCAUCUGUAAGGAACCAUGUGGUGUCCAGAAAUGUUUUAUGUUUGAUGAUAAACUAUAUUGCAAAUUCCAUUUCCUAAAAUUUUUCUCCAAACGUUGUAAAGGUUGCAAUUAUCCAAUCUCAGAUCAAUAUAUUGAAUUUCCAAAGGGGAAUGAAAUCCACUGUUGGCAUCCGGAAUGUUACGGAAUUCACAAGUAUUGGCGCGUCAAUUUAUCACCAGAUAAUUUAGGUUUACCAAAUAUUCCUUUGUUCAAAUAUGAUCCAACUGUACCGUUAGACGAUUCCAAUUUUUCACCUCAAGAUUUGGACGAACAUAUUCAAGCUUUUACUUUUAUUCUAAUAAAAACUUGGACUGUUCUAUAUAAAUUUGAAGAAGCUACUGCCUCGUGUAUCUCCGAUAUGUUCCAAUAUUUAUCGAGUUCUGAACAGAUGAAAGGUAUUGAAUCUACUGCUUUGUUCGUUUUAAAACUUGAAUGUUUGUUUAAAGGUCUUAACAAUUUUAGUGAUUUUAAUUGCUUUUUACCACAAAAUACUAAUUCUGUGACAGAUAAAUCUGAUUCACCAACCACUCGGUCCGCAAAGACAGAUGCAUCGGUUUCAAUAGACUCAAAUAGUUUACCAACAAAAUAUAAGCUACUAACAAGGAAUUUAACUACGAAGAUAAUGAUAUAUUUACAAUUGUUGAGGAAAAUUAAUACACGGACAGAUUCUGUAGUAGCAUCAUUCAUGUCAGUAAUAACAGGGUUAGCCCAUUUUUUGAAAUUGAUUUUAAGGUUUGGUUUUCAUACAGCCUUGGAAACAAAUAAGGCUACACAUUCGUCAAAACCCUUAAUUGAAUUCCUAAAUGCAUUAGAGAAGAGUGAAUUAUUUGAUAAAUAUCCAUUUAAUAACAUUUCAAUACCAAUUGUGACAACAGAUAACUGUAGUGGAUGUCAAAAAUAUAUUCAAGAAGAAUGUAUUCGGUUUGAAGAUAAGAGAUGGCAUUUACAGUGUUUUACAUGUUCACGAUGUAAUACAUUGAUAAAUUUCUUGGAUAUAAAUGAUGCUACAUAUAGGGGGAAUACAAAUGAGAAAUUGUGUUUUAACUGCUCAUUGGGAGAUCCUAGUUCGGUACCAGGCUUCAAACUUGUAUCCAGAUUGUCCCAAUUAAUAUUUUUAUUGAAAAUUGCUCUAGUAAGAUCUAAAGCUGUUCUAACUGCACAAUUACGAGAGCCACAAUUAAAGGAGAAAAGGAAUAAUCAAAGAGACUCGGUAGUUAUACAGCAAACAUAUAUUAGAACUUUAAACGAUAUUAAAAGACUGCGGUCUAAAAGGGAAAGUGUUCGGAUAUCAUAUGAUAAACAAGAGGCCAGGAAAUCAGUAGUUUUAAAUACAGAUGAAGAAGAUAUUAAUUCAAAAAGAAAUAAAGGAACUUCAACAGGUUUAAUAAUAGAAACUGAAAAACUUUUACCAAUACCUGAAAAGGAGAAGGCUACAAAUCCGGAAAAAGUUUUUAAUAAUUUAAGAUCUUUAACUUUAGAUGAUAUCUCAAGGAUCGUGGCAGCAGAACAGGCCAGAGAAUUGAGGCCAAAUGCAUUUACUCAUUUUAAAAAGCUCAAGGAUAGUGAAGAAAACUUAGGAGUUCACCAGACGGGAAGUGGUGUUUAUUACUCAGAAUUAGAUGAAAAAGAUUUGAAAGUAAUUAAGAUUAUAAGCUCUGCAAUUCUUUUAGAAGAGAAACAACUUACUGAGGAGGAAUUUACUUAUUAUGUUUCUUACAUUUGCAAAGAAAAGGCUUUACUAUCACAAGAGUCAAAUUUCUGGAAUUCUAUGAAAACUGUUAUGGGUAUGAAAUCAAGGAAACCGACUCCUAAAAAGGUUUUUGGAUCACCAUUAGAUAUAUUAACUGAGAAGUGGGGGAUUCGUUCAGAUCUUGGAGUAGGUCCUAUCAAGAUACAGAUCCCUAUUGUUUUAGAAGAGCUAAUUUCAUCACUUCGACAGAUGGAUAUGUCUGUGGAAGGUAUAUUCCGUAAAAAUGGUAAUAUUAGAAGAUUGAGAGAAUUAACUAUUAUGAUAGAUGAACAUCCAUUAGACAUCCCUGAUUUAUCUAAAGAAAAUGCGAUUCAAUUGUCGGCCUUAUUGAAGAAAUGGAUAAGAGAACUACCAGAUCCAAUUUUAACAGUAGAAUUAUACCCUUUAUGGAUUAAAGCAGCCAAAAUUGAAUCAGAUGUUCAGUUGGGGAAAGUGUUAUCAUUAAUAUAUUCUUUGUUACCUGUAAUUAAUAGGAACACGUUAGAAGUGAUUUUAUCAUUUUUAUAUUGGACGGCUUCAUUUUCACAUAUUGAAAACGAAAUGGGGUCAAAAAUGGACAUUCAUAAUAUAUCUACUGUAAUUGCACCAAAUAUUUUAUAUCAGCCAAAUAAAUGUGAAAUGGAAUUGCAACCUAUGGAAUCAUCAGCGAAUGAUUUUGCCGAGAAUCAAGGUCAACAUCACUUUUUGGCUAUUGAAAUAACAAAUUAUUUAAUAAAACAUAACGAGGAGAUUGCAAUUAUCCCCAAGUUUUUAUACGUGUUAUUAAGUGAUAUUAAAUCACAAGUAGGUACACAAACAAUUAAUGUUGAACGAAUUAAAAAUUAUGUUAUUUCAAAAGUUCGGGAUAAAAGUAUAGAUUAUGCAGAAUUUGAUAGAAAAAAUUCUAUGCGAGUGAAAAAUUCCAAUGUAAUUGCAUUCCAAAGUGAAAAUAUUAGUAAUAUUCGUUUGUGA